AUGCAGCUCACGCAAGUCCUAGCCACCAUUGCCAUUUUGGCAGCCGGCGUCUCUGCUGGUGAACGACCCCACCGCCCACAUGCGCCCACCAGACUCGAGAUCCAAGACAUCAAAUGUUCAUCCGGCGCCCCAUACUGCUGCUCUCCCGAGAAGAACAAGGGAAGCACCUGCUCCAAGCUGACCGGAAGCCAAGUCAGCUGUGACAGCGUUGUUGUAUGCUGCAACAGCAACGGAGACAAGCACUCUUCUCAGUCAUGCUCCGCACACAUCCAGCAACCAAUCAACUUUGUCGACAUUGAUGCUAAGUUCAACCACAACAAGUUUGCUCACAACAAGGUCCAUGUCAAGGACCGCCGUGGGGACAAAGACUAUGGCAAGAAGGACUAUGGCCACGAUGACUAUGGCAAGAAGGACUAUGGUUAUGGCAAGAAGGACUAUGGUUACGGGAAGAAGGACUAUGGCCACGACGAUUAUGACAAGAAGGAUUAUGGCCACGACGACUAUGGCAAGAGGGACUAUGGUUAUGGGAAGAAGGACUAUGGCCACGACGACUAUGGCAAGAAGGACUAUGGCCACGACGACUAUGGCAAGGGCCACAACGAUUUUGACAACGACUUUGACCACGAUGGCGGCAGAGAGUUUGGCGGCAGAGGUCGCGGCAGAGGCUUUGGCGGCAGAGGCUUUGGCAACAGAGGCUUUGGCGGCAAGGGUCUUGGUGGUGGACUUGGCGGCAUCUUCUAG